UAUUUAAAUCAAAAUUAUUGUUAUGCAAAGAAACAAGAAAAAAAGAUUCUCCAUUAUUCAACUGAAUUUCCCACCAAAUACACUGCUACUCUUUCUCUCUCUCUCUCUCUCUCUCUCUCUCUCUCUCUCUCUUCAUAACCGCCAUUAACACGCUCUUUGAAACCUCCCCAAACCCUCUUUUUCCCUCUCUGCCACACACAAAUAUACUUCACAGAGAAGAACACAAAGAAAACUCGAAGCUCUGCAACAAUGGGGGGAAAAUUCUUCACCCUCUGGCCUCCAUUUCUGAUUCUAUUGAUUCUCAGCUCAAUCGGUUCUCUACGCACAACGUAUUCUCAACCAAGUCCGGCGUAUAUGGGCUUCUUAUCGAACGCGACGGAAUUCCCGGCGGAAGAUUACUACGACUACAUCGUGGUCGGCGGCGGCACCGCCGGAUGCCCCUUGGCGGCGACGCUGUCGGAGAAAUUUAGGGUUCUCGUUCUCGAAAGAGGCGGGGUUCCAUUCGGCGACCCUAAUCUGAUGAAUCGCGACGGUUUCCUCACAGCCCUAACGGAGGUCGACGCCUACGAAUCCCCCGCCCAAGCUUUCACCUCCGAGGACGGCGUUCCGAACGCCAGAGGCAGAGUCCUCGGCGGCAGCAGCGCCAUAAACGCCGGUUUCUACAGCAGAGCCGACCCAGAUUUCUACGCCAGAUCGGGAAUCAAUUGGGAUCUCCCAACGGUGAACCAGUCCUACAAAUGGGUCGAAAACGCCGUCGUUUUCAGGCCCGAUCUGAACAACUGGCAAUCCGCCGUCAGAGACGCUCUGCUCGAAGCCGGAAUCUACCCGUACAACGGCUUCACCCUGGACCACAUUGUGGGCACCAAAAUCGGCGGCUCCACCUUCGACAACUCCGGCCACAGGCACACCGCCGCCGACCUCCUCGGAUACUCGAACCCUUCCAACAUCAAGAUCGUCAUCCACGCCACCGUAGAAAGAAUCCUCCUGGCAUCCAAAAAUUCCAACCCCAGAACACAAUCAGAAGCAAUCGGAGUCGUUUUUCGAGAUCGAACAGGCCAGUACCACCACGCCAUGGUUCGAGACGGCGGCGAAAUCUUGCUCUGUGCAGGUGCACUCGGCACCCCACAGCUCCUCCUCCUGAGCGGGAUCGGGCCCCGCCCCUACCUCGCCUCGUGGGGUAUCCCCGUCGCCCACCACUCCCCUUACGUGGGCCAGUUCCUCUACGACAAUCCAAGAAACGGGAUCUCGAUAGUGCCACCCGUCCCACUCGACCACUCGCUGAUCCAAGUCGUCGGCAUAACAAGCUCCGGCACUUACCUCGAAGCAGCCUCGAACAUCGUACCCUUCACUUCCCCGGCCCGGCCCGCUUUCAUCCGGUCGCGGUCGCCCGGCGGUUCCUCCACCUUCAUCACAGUAGCCACCCUAAUGGAGAAAAUAGUGGGGCCCGCUUCUCACGGUUCGUUAAGGCUGGCUUCGACAGACGCGAGGGCGAACCCUCGCGUUCGAUUCAACUACUUCAGUAACCCUAGCGAUCUCGAUCUGUGCGUGAACGGUACUAGAAGGAUCGGCCAUGUGCUGAGGAGUAGGGCUAUGGAGGAUUUCAGGUUCCAUCAGUGGUUCGGCGGGAGGGAGUUUCGGUACGUGGGGCCCCCGCUGCCACGCGAUCUGUCCAGCGAUGCAAGACUGAGGGAGUUCUGCCGGAGAACCGUGACCACCAUAUGGCAUUACCAUGGUGGUUGUCUGGUGGGGAGGGUGGUUGAUGGAGACCUUAAAGUGAUUGGGAUUGAUUCUUUGAGGGUGAUUGAUGGUUCGGUUUUUACGGUUUCGCCCGGUACGAACCCUCAGGCGACUCUUCUGAUGAUGGGGAGGUAUUUUGGUCUGAAGCUGCUUAAGGAGAGAGCAAGAUAAAGAUGGUUUUCUGCUGCAAGAAGAAGAGUAGUAGUUAGCUUCCAUUUUGUUGUGUGAUUAAGCAAAGGUUAGUGAUAAUUGUGAUUAGCAUUUGGUGAUUAGCUGGUUUUUGUGUGAUUACACAUUUUGUUGCACAUAUUAUAUUUUUGACUUCUAAAUAAACAUUUGAUUCCAAUAGUUAAUUUUUGUUUGUUCAUUCUUUCAUCUGCCCUGUUUGGAUUCUAUGUGAUGCACAUUGCUUACAAGUUG